AGUGCCCCCCUCACUGAGUCGCGACCUGCCUUCCACAAGCCGCCCCCUGUGAUGCCCACGACCGUCAAGCCCUCCUGGGUGAGAGACGGCGGCGGCGGCGGCGGUGGCGGCGGCGGCGCUGGUGGUACAGCCUCCAAUCACGGCGGCCUGAUGUCCAAGGCGCCCCCGGCGCAGCAGAAACCGAGCAGCGCCGUCACGAAGACAUGGCUGCACGGCGAGGACGCCAAAGCGGAGUCCGAGAACAAACACAUCAACGCCUCGGCCUCCCGGCUGCCCAUGGGCUUCACCAUCGCCCCCAUCAGCGCUUCCGGGGCGAUGGCGAUGGAGAAGACGAAGCCGAACCCGCCGAAGGCGGUGGACGCCAGGAAUUCCACCCCUCCUCCGAAGCCUCUGGUCAAUAAGAAGCCUGGUAGUUUCAUCAGGAGGAACUUGGACUCCCGUCCGGCUCCUCAGCAAAAUGGGGGGGAUCCGGACGGGGCGCCCAGGAGGAACCCCCUGCCCAACCCCCUGCUGCUCGGCCCGCCGCCCGCCAAACCCAACCGCCCGCCCCGGGUCAACCUGGACCGCUUCAGGGGACAGGCCAAAGGCCCUGAUCAGGGACCAGUCAUUGUCCCGCCUCCACCAGCUUCUCACCCCAGUAACCAAAGCAACGGUGGUGGGACCCCGCCCUUAUCUGCUCAGCCCAUGGCUCCAAGUCUGCCACCCCGACACCCGGGGAUUAGUGAACCGGAUCCAGAGGAAUACGAUGAUGUGGGCUUGAUUAAAACUGCUCCACCCCCACCACCCUCAACCGAAGGUCGACCACGGCUCGUGUCCAAGCCACAAGAUGACGAGAGCGAUGGUGAGACGUAUGAAGAACUAGAUGAACGAUGGGAAGCAGCAGAGCAAGAAUCGAAAGAAAAGCAGAAGGAGGAGAAAAAGCGACUGGAAGCUGAAAAGAAAGAGCAGAAAGAGAGAGAGAAGAAGGAGAACGAGGCCCGCAAAAAGUUUAAACUGGUGGGCCCCCUUGAGAAGAUGCACCAGGUCAAGGUGUUGGUGGAAUGCAAGGGCAGUAAGACGGACCUGGCCCUGAAGAAGGGGGACUGUGUGGACAUCAUUCGUGUCCAGGACAACCCGGAGGGGAAGUGGCUGGGUCGGCUGGCAAACGGCUCCAUCGGCUAUCUGAAGAACGACUGUGUGGAGGUGGACCUGCAGAGCUGGAAGCAGCAGCAGCAGGGCCCCCAGCCCCCCCAGGAGAUUGAUGAUCAGGAGGUUUACGACGAUGUGGACGUCUCCAACAACCACCCCGACAGUGGGAUCAGAGGAUCAAGAGUCAUUUUACCACCGCCACCAGACGACACUGAGGAGAUAUAUGAUGAUGCUAUCGAUGCCAGUCUGGACGUCAGAGUGCCUCCGCCCAGCCAGUUCACUGCGAAAGGACAACCAGGAGCAUUGAUCGAUGAUGAAAUCUACGACGAUAUUGACUCACAGGUGGUUCCUCCUCCCCUCCCGGUCAGCAGUCAUCCACCAACAAAAACUAAGAUGGAGGAAAUCGAUCCAAAGCGACAGAAAAAGUUGGAAAAAGAGGAAAAGGAAUUCAGAAAAAAGUUUAAAUAUGAAGGGGAGAUUCAGGUUCUUUACCAGGUGACCAUCAUACCUACAUUAACGCUGAAGAAGCUUAGUGGGAAAGAUCUGCCGGUGAAACCCGGGGAGACGCUUGAUGUCAUCGUGAAAGCCGUGGAUAACAAACUUGUUUGCCGCAACGAAGAGGGAAAAUUUGGCACCGUUCUAACCAGCCAUAUUGUCACAGACGAUGGGGACAUAUAUGACGACAUUGGAGACGAAUGCAUCUAUGACAACGACUGAAGGAAGACAAUAAACUGGGAUUUAUUUUUUGACAGGCUUUGUUGAAUUAUUACCUUUUGGUAUAACUUGUUUCAUGUUGUUUGAUUAUUUAUUACGUGCAAAGAUAUUACAACCAAUCACAAGAGCAGCAGUUUAAGGCCCCACACACACAAUGUUUUUCGUGUUUGGAUUCGUGUGGACGCCAGAUACGCAAACGAUGGCGUCAUCGCCCCCCCACCACGAAGGAAACUUUGGAGGUCCGUCAAAUUUGAUUUGUUUGAUUUUUGUAACUUUAAAUACAGCCCCUUGCUAAAUUGUAUUACUAACUCUACAUUAAAAAGUAUUCUCUGCAAAAUCGAAAAGGUUUAAAAACUGCUUUCUCCGCCUCGUCUUCUUCUUUUAAUGGUGGAGAAUCAGCGCCACACAGUGGCCCUGAAUAUAUACCACAGCGUUUCUACAGCUAGAUGCGAUUUCGCAAUGAGUCUGUCUUUACAGAGAUAUUCCUGAAACGCAUCAAAGGAAAACGGAGGGGAAAAGAUUGUUGUCGCCAGUGUGGACGGGGCCUUAGUUAGAGCCGACACUUGUACAGUCUCACACUGUGAGACUGUAUAAGUCUGACACUUGGUAUAUCUGGGGAAGGAGAUAUUGUGUUCAGUAAGCUACAAAUGCACAGACAAACACAUUUUCUACUGUAAAAUAAAUAUUUAUCGCAUUAAAAGCGAUUUCAAAACCUCCUUUGUGAUAUAGUGACUUCACAAGGGAGUUUCCACCUAGAUGUAUGGAUAGAUAAGCCAACCAGCUUGUAUUUUCCACUGGGUAGGCUGGUAUGGUAGAGAAAUCAUGAAUGCAUACAUUUAGAUUAAAAACACAAUAUUUACUGCCAUAGAAGCAGUCAAGCAGAUACAUAUUUCAGUGAUUCUGUCUUACCUCUUGAUUUUACUUUGUGUCUUUAAAUGUCUGAGACUGUAUAAGGAAUUGGAAGGUUUAUCUAUAAGAUCAUUUAUAGAUAACCCUUUCAAAGAUUUGGCGUAUUAUUAUGAAAAAGUGAGCGGAACAUUGUUUUUUUUGGCAAAGUGUGGUAAGGAAGGGCCACAGCAUAAUGCAGUGUAACAUGUUUCACUUCGUUGUGUCAUUUUCCUGCAAAGAUAAAAACAAUACCAAAAGGGUACUUCCAUUCUACAUUAUAAUCCAUAUUUGCAUUGGAUGUACUGGGAAAUGCUGCUGGGAAUCCAUGCAAAUCAAUUUUGUCACACUGCAUUUUAAAAGCAGAAGUUUCGAUCAAACGACCAGGUGCACAUGGGGUGAAAUUCAUAACAAUCCCUAUUACGGCUUUACUUCUACUUCAGUUAUAUCAUUACAUGAGAAUAAGUGCUGUCAGUUAAACGCGUUAUUAACGGCGUUAACGCAAACCAAUUUUAACUGCGUUAAUUUUUUUAUCGCGCGAUUAACGCAAUUCUUUCUUUUUUUUAAUUUAUUUUUUUCUUUGGCUCAAAACAAAGAAGCAGUAGCCUGACUGCUAUGUUCAAGGCAGUAUGAAUGUAUCUUCAUCGUUUAAUUGCACUAUAGGCUUUUUUUUUGUAUCGUCCUGUUUUGAUCAGUAUAUGCCGUUGUUAUCAAUAAAAAAAGGCAAGCAGAUGCACUUCUCCAUGUUGAUAAGAGCAUUAGAUUGAGAAAAAUCAAUGUGACAAAGAAAUCAAGGGAUAUUUAGCAUAGAAAAAAAAUUGAGCAAUCGCGAUUAAUCGUGAGUUAACUAUGACAUUAAUGAGAUUAAUCGCGAUUAAAUAUUUGAAUCGCUUGACAGCACUAAUGAGAAUAGAUAUCCUCAUAUCAAUAUCCAUUGGAGUCUGUUCAUAUUAUCUUUGGCGUUUUUUCCCCUAGUUAUUCAUGGUUUAAUGUUGGCCAGCAACCAGUAGGGAGAGCCGUUCACCUACUCAGCAGAGUCCCUGCUGUACUGUCUACAAACACUGGCCCGGCCCCACUUCAGAAACACCAUCAGUGCAGCAACGUAUUUUCCACAGGAUGGAAUUGAAGAAAGCACACCACAUUCUUGCCGUCGCUGAUAUAGUCGAUUACAUUUACAUUUAGGGCAUUUAGCAGACGCUUUUAUCCAAAGCGACUUACAAUAAGUACAUUUGUCAUAAGAAGUGAAACAAUAUAUCGCUGUCAGUACAGUAAAGAUGUUCAAAGAACCAAGUGCCAAUACUAACAAUCGCUAGCCUAACCCAUUCCCUGUGUACAGCAGUGAUAGCAGCUACUGCAGAUGCAAUACAAUUAAGUACUAUAAAUAAGUGCGUACAAUAAGUGCGUACAUUAAGUGCCAGGACGUACAACAUACAAUGGUGGCCGGAAGGGGCUGGGUGGCUAUGCAGAGUCAAGGUGAACUCUGAACAGGUGAGUUUUGAGUCUUUUGCGGAAGCUGGUGAGCGACUCCGUGAUCCUGACAUCGGCAGGGAGCUUGUUCCACCACUGAGGUCCCAAAACAGAGAAAAGUUGUGACUUUGCAGACGACCUUUGCUUGCUCUUAGCGAUGGCCGUACCAGCUGCCAGCUGAGGUAGUUGAGCGGAGGGAUCGAGCUGGGGUGUGUGGCAUCUCCUUCUCCAACUGCCAGAAACCUCGGUGUGAUACUAGCAAUCAGUUAUGCUGCAC